AUGGUUUCCCGCCAGAUUCAACUGCUCAUUCAACGGUCAAGUUCUGCUGCUCAUCUACUCCAACUCCACUCUCUCGUCCUUAAAACCGGUCUCGAUCACAACCCCAACUUCGUCUCUCACUACAUAUAUGCUGCCUGCUCAAUUUCGGUCGAAUUUUCCAAACUGGUCUUUGAUCAUAUACCCAUUAAGCCUCCACUCUUUGCUUGGAAUUCAAUUAUCAGAGCCUUUACAAACAGCUCAAAUCCACUUGAAUCGCUCAACUUCUUCUUUCAUCUUCACAGAAUUGGGCUUAAACCCGACAAUUUUACGUACCCUUUUGUUUUGAAAGCAUGCGGUCGAUGUUCCAUUAUUGGAGUAGGUGGGCCUGUGCAUUCUUUGAUUCUCAAGGUGGGUUUUGAUUCGGACCGGUAUAUACGGAAUACCCUUUUGAGGAUGUAUGCUGCUUGUGGCGCAAUCGGGCUUGCAAGGCGGGUGUUUGAUGAAAUGACUGUUAGAGAUGUGGUUUCUUGGAGCUCUAUGAUUGCAGGAUAUGUAGCAUGCAAUUGUCCCUUCGAUGCCUUUAAAGUUUUUCAAGACAUGAAACUAGCGAAUGAAAACCCAAAUUCAGUCACUUUGGUAAGCUUGCUUUCUGCCUGUACCCGCCUACUUAAUUUUAGAGCAGGAGAGUCCAUUCAUUGCUACAUUGUUGUCAAUUGCAUUGGGAUAGAUGUUGCUUUGGGGACAGCUCUCCUUGAGAUGUAUUCUAAGUGUGGGCACGUUGAGAAAGCCUUCCAAGUUUUCAAUUCAAUGAAUGAGAAGAAUUUGCAGUCUUGGACAAUUAUGAUCUCUGGUCUUGCCGAUCAUGGUCAUGGAAAGGAUGCUAUCUCAUUGUUUACCCGCAUGGAACAAACUGGGCUGGUACCAGACAGCAUGUCAUUUUCUGCCAUCUUGUCAGCUUGUAGCCAUUUGGGCCUCGUACAUAAAGGUCAACAAUUUUUCAAUCAGAUGGUGAGAACGUAUGGUAUUCGGCCAACAUUGGAACAUUAUGGAUGCUUAGUAGAUUUGCUUGGAAGAGCUGGUCUGAUUGAAGAAGCUUAUGAGAUUAUCAAAAAUAUGCCAAUGGAGCCUAACUCUGUUAUACUGAGGAGCUUCUUGGGUGCUUGUAGGAACCAUGGCGUGGCUAUUACUUUAGAUGAUAAACUCAGGAAACUCCUUAUAUCAGAGCCUAACCUGGGAGCAAACUAUGUACUUGCUGCUAGUGUAUCUUCUCUUUCUGGUUGUUGGAAUGAUGCUGCUGAUCUACGAGUAGCCAUGAAACAGAACGGUUUGGUAAAGGUUCCCGGGUGCAGUUGGGUGGAGAGAGGGGAUGGACAGAAUGGCCAUGAGGAAAGAAAGGACCCUGAGGAAAGCUGGAUAAGGAUGACUGGUCAGGAAAGUGUUGGAGUCCCGACCAGAAAAUCGAGCUUUGUUGGUGCUUAUGAGAAUUUCUCUGAAUGUCAAGAGCAGAUUGAGACGUCGCAACUAAACUUUUUCCUAGAUGCCGCUAAUGUGCAAGAACUGGUAUUUAAAAAUAUCGGCCUUUGCUUCCUGAUCUGCAAGUAUAAAUUGUGGAAGUUCACACUAAUCGUAGAGCACAGAGUUGCUGAUCUAUUCAUUUCAUGCAUGAUGCAUUCUGAGAAAUUCUGCAUUGUCAAGUUGCUUAAUGCGUCCCCUUUAUGCCAAGCACAAGUUUGCUUUGUGUGCAUCACUAGCAGUGGUAGUCCGUACUUGAGUUGCUCAAGUUACCAUUAUUACUCCUUGGGCUCAAUUCAUGAUCACAUGCUUCCACAUGGGAGGGUUAAAUUCCAACUUAAACUUGCUCCCAGAUCAAGUUCUUGGUUUUUCUAUCUCUCAGAAAAUUGGCUCCCAAUGGCUACUAUGAUACUCAUUUGUGGGUUUGUAGGUUACGUGGUUUACGACGCUGUAAUGGCCACAGUAUCCGAGCUGCUGCAACGUUUGCUGGUAAUUUCUCCUUUGCUUAUAGUCAUUGUAGUUCAUUGGCUCUCCACAGGCAGCCAAGUUAGCAUUAGCAUUCCAGGGUCUGAACCUGGAGCCAUCCACAGAGCUGGAGGCUCACCUUGGGGUGUGGCCCUUGUACUAUUUCUGCUUUUCUUUCUCAUUUCUUACCAACCUUCCUUGCAUGGCCUUCUUUUCUAG